GGGCAAUAUGGACAUUAGGUGUUUAUUUAAUGGUCGCUUUAACGAUUAUUGGACACGUCAAGCGCCACGGUCUGUACAAAUGGAGGAAAGGUUUAGACCAUUUUGCUUUCAAUUGAAAUACGUAAUUGGUAAGAAAAUAAGUACGGUUGGUUUUAUUUUUGACUGCUGGCUGUAAUAAUGUUGUACAGUUGAUGCCGAAAUUAUAUAUUCGUGAAAUUUAUGUAACUUGGGAAGAGAAAGUAACAAAAAAAUCAUGUGAAAGUUUUCAGACCUAAAAAACAAGGGAAAGCCAGACAUUUUUCAGACCUUACAAAUCGAACAGAAAUAAAUAUAGCUGUGUAUAUUUUGUACAAUACCAACAAGAUGACGCUCAAAAUCGGAAUAUGCACUAAGCAGGAUCUUGACGAGGCGAUGAAGCUGCAGAAGCGGGAGCAGUACGAGGAUGAGCGCAAGCGGCGCAUCUUUAACGCCAAGCAGCGUCUCUACGGGCUCGACCUCGAAAUGCUGGAUAAGCAAAUCCUGGAGAAGAAGAAAAAGCAAACCGCGCAGAUGGAGUGCGACAAGAAGUUCGAAGAGCAGGAGCAGCUGCAGAAGCGCCUGAUCUCGGCCCAGGAGAAGGAGUUGGAGAAGAAGCAGCGCGUGGUGGACUCCGAUCUCAACUAUUAUCGCUGUCGCUAUCAGCGCAAGGAGCAGCGUCGCGAAUUCGACUUGAACGACCCGGAUUUCCUGAAGAAGGCACGCCCAACCCGCGUAGCCGACGAUGACAUUACGCUGGGCGUGUCCAGUGCCCAGAUCUUUCUGGGCGAGGAUCUCUACAACGUUGAGCGGAAGGUGCGGCAGCGGGAACAGCAACGUGCCUGGCUAGAUCAGCAGGUGCAGGAACGCAAACGGGCCGAGGAUGCCCGCAAACAAGCCGAGACUCUGCAGAUGGAGGACGUCGGGUGCCGGGACAGACACCUCCAGGAAAUGGCCAAGUCCGAUCACCAGAUGCGCAACCAGGUUAUCCAUCGCGUGCGUCAGUUUAACAUUAACAUGGCCAAGCAAAAGCAAUUGGAUCGCGAGCGGGAAAAACGUGAAAAAUACGAGGAUGACAUGGCCGAGAUCUACAACAUGCUCUCCAGCGACAUGCUCACCGAAAAUCCGGAUGUGGCCCAAUCGCCUACCGACCCGAACAAGAAGAUUGCUUUCAUGUAUCGUGGCAUGACGCCGGAAGAGCUUCGCGUGUUUCGUUUGGGCCAGGAGCAGCAGCUCCGUUUAGCAACGCAGCGCAAAACUGAGGCCCAGAUGAUGGACAAGCAGUGGGAGCAGUAUGCCAUCAACAUGGAUCGCACCCUGGUGCUCCAUCAGAUCGAGGAUGAUCGCCGACGUAAGGCGGAAUUCGACGAACUGAUGCGGGCCAAUUCCAAGUUGGCCGUGGAGCAGGAUAAACAGCGAAAGGAAGCCCUUGUGGCUUUGAGCAAUGCCGUAUCUGACGAUUUUUACGAUCAGUUCAACAAGAACUCACGUUAAUUGAUUCGACAACAUGUUCCCAACUUACAGAAAAAAUAUAAAGAACCCGAAUAUUGUGACCUGAACGCGAUUGGGAAGUUGUCUCGCAUCUUGUAUGUGGGGCGAUUUUCCACACGUGUCCAGGACACAUCGAAUUUGAAACACUAACUAGAGCAUGGUCGGGAAAAUAGUGAAAAAAAAUUUGUAUGUUCAUGUUACAUCCAAAGAAUACAAAUAAAUACAAAUUAACAAAACGUAAGCCUAAACUAGCACCUUAUUUGGAUAUUACA